UGGUUAAAAUAAAAAAAAAACAUUAUUUUAUGACCCUAUGAGUAACAAAUAUUUUACUUGUAAUCAAGAUAGAACCAUCUCUACUGAGAAUUACAUGAUGUACCAAGGUCAGCCAGUUUCACUUCCUGUCUGAUUUUAGAAAGUGACAUACAUACAAAUAUAUUUGGCUUUAAAUAUUUUUUAAUAUUAUAUUAUUAAUUCAAAAUUAAAAAGUUCAAAAAAAUUGUAAAAGCAAAAUUUUUUAAAUGCAAAUUUGAAAUAUAUAUGUACAUAUAUGAACUUCACCAACAAGGUUGUGCUGCUAACUGGCGCUGCGUCAGGAAUUGGCGCUGCUACUGCAGUUCGUUUUUCGGAGCUUGGCGCUAAGCUAGCCAUUGUUGAUCUGAGCGCUGAGGGACUUAAAAAGACAGCUGAGAAUUGCAUAAAAUGUGCCAAGUCAAAAGAUCAAGGAGAACCAUUUCAGAUAGUCGGGGACGUUAGCAAGUCGGAAGAUUUGGAAUGCAUUGCUAAGUCAACAAUUAAAAAAUAUAAAAAACUGGAUGUGUUAGCAAAUAAUGCCGGUAUUAUGGAGGAUGGCACCAUUGAAACCACAUGUCUGGAGCAGUUUGAUCGCAUGAUACACACCAAUUUACGUUCCCAGUUUUAUUUAUCAUUACUGUUGGUGCCGGAAUUAUUGAAAACAAAGGGUAACAUUGUGAAUACAUCGAGUAUAUGCGGCAUGCGUUCAUUUCCUAACACGCUGGCCUACAAUAUAUCUAAAGCAGGUGUAGAUCAAUUCACCCGCUGCGUAGCGCUGGAGCUUGGCGAGCGCGGUGUGCGUUGUAAUUGUGUAAAUCCUGGAGUUAUAUAUACUAAUUUACAAAAGCGAUAUUUGGAUGAGAAUGGUUACAAGGAAUUUCUAAAAAAAGCAAAAUAUACACACGCUUUAGCACGCUAUGGUCAACCAAUUGAAGUGGCGAAUGUAAUAUGUUUUCUAGCAAGUGAUUUGGCCAGUUUCAUCACUGGUCACAAUAUACCAGUAGAUGGUGGGAGACACGCUAUGACACCGCGCUAA